UUGUACACAGUCAUGUAUAUAUAGAUCUUACUGAUUUAAUAUAGUCUUUCAUUUUGAGGAAGUCCGGUUCUUGGUGACAGCUACUAAACAAAAUUACAAAAUGUUACAAUUCAUAAUUAUUUACACUUUCACUACUUGUUUGUGUGUAUUUUCCUCACCGAUAUUUAAGGAUAAAGUUACUUUGGAAAAGUUAUCUACAUUAUAUUUGCCGUAUAGUUAUGACACAGAUGGAACUCCGUUAUACAAGUAUUCUAGUGGAGCCAUUGAACAAACAACAUAUGAUCCUGAAAAUUAUAUAGUAUAUGCUGUAGGUGGAAAUAUUCUGCAUGUUAUUGAUGUAAAAAACGUCACAUCUCCGAAGAUCCUUCAUCAUAUGGAGAUUGAUCAUGUUGAUCUAACAGACAUUGAAUAUUGUGGUGGAUACAUUUUCGUUUCAAUGGAUAAUAUUUUGUUUAAAGAGGAGGGGCGUGUUGUUGUAUACAGAAAUUUCUCCACAUCAGAGCUUAUGGUCGAAAAAUAUAACAUAACAGUUGGGUCUUUACCCGAUAUGGUCUACCCUUCAAAAGACUGCAAAACAAUACUGGUUGCUGUAGAGGCGGAGGCCUAUCAAGAUAAUGGUAGAAUUGUAGAUCCAGAAGGUGGAGUCGGGAUAAUCAAAAUUAAAAAUGACAAAGCAACGUAUAAAAAGUUGGACUUCAAAGAAUUCAAUUCAAAAUGGUCAGAUUUAGAAUCCAAGGGAUUACGUUUUAUACAUAGAGUUAAUAACAACAACUUCUCCAAUGAUGUGGAACCAGAAUAUAUAGCAUAUAACAAAGAUUAUUCCAAAGCUUACGUUUGUCUUCAGGAGAAUAAUGCAAUAGCUGUCGUGGACAUUGCUACAGAAACCAUAGAAGAUAUAUUACCAUUAGGUUACAAGUCAUGGGAAAAACUUAUGAUAGACCCAAGUGACAAAGAUGGAGGUAUAAAUAUGAGAUCCUGGCCAAUCUAUGGCAUGUACCAACCUGAUACUAUCCACGUGAUAUAUGUUGCGGGAAAAGGUUACCUAGUGACCUCUAAUGAAGGUGAUUUUAAGGAUUACUCAGACUUGGGAGGAUUUAAUGAAGAAGAACGUGUUCGAGAUGUCAUCUUAUCAGAAAAUUCUUCAAUUGUCAAAUGGGCUGCUGACAACAACCUUUCUACGACUAUCCAAGAUGAUAACAUGCUUGGUCGGUUAAAAAUAACCAAUAUGAAUGGUAGAAAUAAAAAUGGAACAUAUGACGAACUAUAUGCGUUUGGGGGAAGAGGUUUCUCCAUACGCAAACUAGAAACAAUGGAGCUCGUGUUCGAUAGUGGAGACCAGUUUGAAAAGCUUCACCAACAAUACAUACCUCUGUUGUUUAACAAUAAUGGCGGGAAGGAAAGUAAAACAGUCAAACAGACAUUUGACACUAGGUCAGACGAUAAGGGUCUCGAGAGUGAAAGUCUAGCAGUUGCUCAUAUUGGGAAUACAGUUUUAUUAUUCAUUGGAAACGAACGACCUGGUACUAUAUGUAUUUAUAAGAUAACAGGAGAUGCCUCUAGGCCAGAAUUUCAAAGUAUAUGGAACGGUGUUGGAGAAACCGAUAACAAAUGGGAAGAGCUUUAUGAGAGAAGGAUGUUAAGUGGAAUAGAUCCCGAGGACUUAAGAUACAUUCCCGCUGAACAAAGUCCAAAUAAGCAGCAUAUAUUAACAGCUGCUGGCACUGUUAGUGGAACCUUUUCCAUGUUUACAAUAAAAGGUAUUAAUGAACACAAUUCGGGAGUGGCGCCCACGGAUAAGGCAGGCAGCUUAAAUAUAGGUUUUCCUAGUGUGAUAAUAGCAGUGCUUAGUACUUACAUUCUUCUGAGAUGCAGCAAUUUAUAACCACAGAUAAAACGUAUAUCUGUGUAUGGAACGUCAUAGAUUAUUUACAGCAUGGCAUUGGGCUAAACGAUCGGCAUAGAGUAAUUGCAUGCUUACAACAAACUCAUGUUCUCCUGACAAGACAAUAUACUCAUUGCCAGUGAAUAUACACAGUUAUGUUAUUGGUAAAACGACCACCAAUUGCAGGGACUAAAACUCCUUUCUCAUUAUGCAAUAAAGUUAUUGUACAAAUGUAUGUUCUUUUAUGUAAAUUAAGCUAAGUAAAUGAUCGAGUUGAGAUCUCGAGAGACUUGAUUAAUGCCACC